GUCAGCACACCACCACUCUUCAGGCUAAUCCACUCGUGAUACAUCAUGAACACAUUCACCCUGGUCGUCGCCUGCCUUUUGGUGGCCGGAGCCCACUGCGGUGCCGUCUUCACCUACGGCGUCCAUGCCGCCGUGCCCGUGGUCCACCAGCCCGUGGUGUACCAGGCCGCGGUCAGAGCUCCCGUGGUGGCCGAGCACAAGGAAUUGGUGCACGUACCACACCACGAGUACGGAUACGCAGUCGAGCAGAACAAGGUGGUCCAGCCAAAGUCAACCGUCGUCCACCACGACCCACUGACCGGCCUGCCCUACCAGCAGACCGACUACCACCACGCCCCAGUGUUGACCGGAUCUCGCACCUACGUGCACCACAGCCGCCCGGGCUACGUCGCCGAGCGCACCAAGACCUACGUCCUCUGAACAUGCCCCCAUGCCCCAUGAUACCGCACCCGAACUAC